AUGUCGGAGGAAUCAGGAAGCUCUGAUUCUCAUAACAACCUUGGCAAUAAAAGAGCCUUGCUGAAGUAUAUUUCGCUGUAUCCGGAGAGACGUUAUGCCAUUCAGUUCAAGAUGGAGGCGAGAUCCACAAGUCAGCGUAAACCAGCCACCUCCACACAGGCCUCCACCUCAUCACAGCCUUCCACCUCACCGCGACCAUCCUCAGUGCCUGUAUCCUCCCUGCGGUCAUUGUUGACAGGGAAAGGUGUGUCCCAGCAGAGCAUCCACAAGUCUGUCAAGAGGCUGUUUAUGCCACCAAAGUUUCAUCCAUCAGCUGUAUCUGUGUGCCCCCCAGUUUGUGAGGACAGUGGGAGACCUGCUGGAUCUAAUCCCAGCCUUGGUCCCCAGCUUCAAACCGACACUCCUCAAACCUCUCAGGAUGCGGAAAUGCUCUGCACUCAUCAAGCUCCCCAGCAAGAUGCUCCUAGUGUGGCAGAGGAACAGCCUUCAACAUCAUCAUGCUCCACCAGUCAUGAUGACUCUGUUGGACCAGACAACAUUGAGGGCUUCCAAGCUGUCCAGGACUUGACGGGACACUUAUUCACAUUAAAAGACCACAGUCUUGCCCUGUCAAGAGAGGAGGCUGCUCAUAUCAUUGCCCUAUGGGAGUGUUUGUCAGAGUAUGACAAAAAAAAAACAGUCUACCCUCCACGCUUUCAAGACACAAUCCCCAAAGGGAGAUUCGGGGCCACAAAAAAAAAUGUUGCACCUGGUGUGGAGAGUACAAAGCGAUGCUUUGCAGGAGGGAAAAGCCCAGCACAGUGGCCUGACUGCAAUCGUGUGUGUGAGGCACUUUUUAUUCAACUUUGCGAGGAGUAUCGUGGACCCAGGCGCAUUGAUGGAGUCAGGAAAGAGCGUUGGAGCCUUGUCACCAAAGCAUAUCUUCACAUCCGCCAAGUCAUUCUAGAUAAUGCCAUGGUGAUGAUGAAGACCACCAUCCAGCUCCCGGUGAUGAAUACUGCAACCAUCGCUAGUUGGUACAAUAAACUUCAGAAAAAGCAGAAGAGCAUGCUGGAGCAAGGCCUGUCUAUUACAAAGAACACUAAUGUGAGCCCAGAGAGCUUGCCUCUUGCAGUUGUAAGGAAAGACAGGCCCUGUGUCCCGACCAGCAGUGUGGCAAAUCCCCACGUCUUUGUCCUGCCCCCUAACACGGCAGGGACGGCGCAGCUGAAACACCUGCAUCACAACCUCUCCUGCUUGCACCACAACCUCUCCUGCUUGCACCACAACCUCUCCUGCCUGCACCGCAAUCUCUUCUGUUUGCACCACAACCUCUCCUGCCUGCACCACAAGCAGUACUUCGGAAAUUGGUACUGCCAAGCCACAGCCACUACAACUCUGGCUGAGUGGAAGGCCUCAUUUGAAGCCCGGGGUUAUGGCAAAAGGAAAGAUGCACCACCACAACAGCAAAGACGUUCAUGGACUCACGUUGUUGCUGUGGUCGAGAAUCAAAAUGACUCAUGUGUCACUUUCACACGCACACAUGUACUGAACAGGAAGUGUGUGUUUGUGUGUAAACGACAUGUCUUUGUUUGUGUAGGAGAGGUGGACUAUAAGGAGAUCGGAGACUGCGUCCACGCGUCGGCUCACAGCUCGACUGACCUCUGUCUGCCCGCCCUUGACUAUCUACGCAAGUGUUCACAGCUGCUGGCAAAGAUCUACAAGAUGUCGUCCAAGCCCGUGUUCCUGGGGGCGAGGCUCGCCAGUCUGCCCAUGAGGUCACAGGAGCGCUCCAUCAGCAGCGAGGACGGGAUGGACUGUGUCCUCCAGGAGUUUGACGAUGACACAGGUCUGAUCCAGGUCUGGAUUCUGUUGUUGGAGCAGCUCACGGCUGCAGUUUCCAACUGUCCUCGAAAACAUCAACCACCAACUCUGGAGCUGCUGUUUACACUGAUGAGAGAAGUGAGCUGUGUCCCAGGUCCAGGCUUCGCCAUCUUUGCCGUCAUCCAGCUUCUGCUUCCUGUGAUGUCACUGUGGCUGCAGCGUAGCCAUGGCGACCACUCUUACUGGGAUGUGGCAGCAGCAAACUUCAAACAUGCCAUUGGUCUGUCGUGUGAGCUGGUGGUCGAACACGUCAACAGUUUCAUCCACUCAGACAUCGGCUACGAGUCGCUGAUAAACCUGAUGUUGAAGGAUCUGUUUAAGCUGCUGGUGGCCUGUGUGUCUGAACCUGCAGAGACCAUCUCCAGAGUGGGCUGCUCCUGCAUCAGGUAUGUGCUGGUCACAGUUGGUCCCGUGUUCACGGAGGAGAUGUGGCGUUUGGCGUGCUGCGCCCUGCAGGACGCUUUCACCGCCACGUUAGAACCUGUCAAGAACCUGCUCGCCUGUUUCCACAGCGGCAGCGACAGUUUCUCAGGAGACGCCUGUGAGGUGAAGGUGGCGGCGCCGUCUCACUCGCCCUCGGCGGAGGCCGAGUACUGGAGGAUCAAAGCUAUGGCUCAGCAGGUUUUCAUGUUGGACUCUCAGUGUUCACCAAAGACGCCAAACAGCAAGGACGGCUUUGAGCACGCUCAGUCCUGUGUCCUCAUCAUCGAGCUGCCGUGUGACCAACAGGCUAAUGGACACACACAGAAGAGGAAAAUUGGGAUCCCGUUCCGGAACAUCGUGGUCAGCCUCCUGUCACACCAGGUCCUGCUGCAGAACCUCUACGACAUCCUGCUGGACGAGUUUGUCAAACAGCCCGAGGGUCAUGAGAGGGUCACGCCCGUGACCUCUGACCCCGGCAAACCCUCCCCGGGCUUCUUACGCUACAUCUCCAUGACCAACUUAGCCAUCAUCCUGGAUCUGCUGCUGGACUCGUACAGGACGGCUCGGGACUUUGACACUCGUCCUGGUCUCAAGUAUCUGCUCAUGAAGGUGUCAGGUGUUUGCGGAGCGGCUAAUCUUUACCGACAGUCGGCCAUGAGCUUCAACCUGUACUUCCAGGCUCUGCUGAGCGCCACCUUGAGUCAGGCUGAGGGAAUGACGCCACAGCAGGUGAAGAGGAUUCUGUACGAGGAGGAAGAGGGGAGUUCUGACUCCUCCCACCCUGGUUCUGCUUCAUCAGAGGACGAAGACAUAUUUGAAGAGACAGCACAGGUCAGUCCUCCACGUGGGCGGGACAGACGGCACCCGUGGCGAGCGCCCGUGCCGUCGCUCAGUGUGCAGCCAGUGGGCGGGGCAGACUGGGCGUGGCUUGUCAAACGCCUGUAUAAGCUGUGCAUGGAUCUAUGUAACAGUUACAUUCAGAUGCACCGCGACCUGGAGAGCACGCUGGAGGAGGUGGGGCUGCUGAGGGGCGGGGCCGACCAUGUCUUCUUCCUGCCUCUCUUCCAGUCAGAGACGUCCACACCCACAUCAUUAGGGGGGUUUUCUGCGAGGGGCACACCCUCAGAGGAAGGCGGGUACAAGUGUCAGGUGACGGACGUCAGCACAACGUCACCUGGAGACGUGACCACACCCAGUCCCGGAUUCAGCUCUACAGGAAGUCUGCCUCACCACUUCCAGUGCGGAGGAGGAGAGAGGCGGGACUCCGGCAUGACGUCAAGCUCGUUAGGAGGCGGAGUUCCGGGUGGUGUUUCGGGACCGGGGCGGAGGAAGGAAUGGUGGGAAAAUGCGGGAAACAAACUUUACACCAUUGCCACGGACAGAAGCAUCAGUAAACUGAUGUUGGAGUACAAACGCAGGAAGCAGCCGCAGCCGGCGCCGCAGAACCUCGUCAACAUGUUCAUGAAGGAGCAGGGCCGCGCCCCCACUGCCGGCACGGCAACAGGGGGAGGAGGAGGAGCCACCGGGGAGAGGAGGAGCCCUGCCGAGCCACAGAGACCCCUGCAAAGACCUCAGCAGCUGGUGGACCAGCAGGGGCCGCCACUGAGACACUCGGUCAGCGCCGGACCUGAAGUUCUGAGGCAGGAGAGACCGAGGUCCGGGUCAACGGUCAGCUCCCAUAACGUUUCCCUAAGGGAUGCCGAGGCCCAGAUACAGGCGUGGACCAACAUGGUCCUGACACUCCUUAACCACACCCUCCUCCUGUCAGACUCCGCCUUCCUGGCGCUCCAGCCUGCGCUGUAUCCGUGCCUCAGUCAGCUGUCCUGUCACGUGACCGACGGCCGUGUCCGCCAGGCGCUGCGUGAGUGGCUCAGCCGCGUGGGACGACUUUAUGACAUCAUCCUGUGAGGAGGAGGAGGAAGAGGAGGAGGACACUGGCAGACGUCAUGUGACCGUGCAAUGAAUUCUGGGAAACUGUGGUUCAAGCCCACUUUUACCUUUAUUUACACCUGUGAUCGGAGCAGAGCAGUGGCUGAUGGGUAAACGUCAUGUGACUCAGAGAAAGAGGCGGAGUUUACGACCCGGUGACAUCAUCAACUGGAAGUUUCAACCUUUGACCAGAGGUGUCGUGACCUUUUGAACCUUCAUGAUGAUGAUGAUGUCAUCGUCUGAAACCAAAGAUGAGUCAGCUGAUCAUCGAUAUUGUGUUUCUUCUUCUUCUUCAUGUGUUUUUUAAAGGUCAAGUCGUGCUGCUCUUCUCUGAUUCGUUGUCACGCCGCCGCUCUGUGUGUUGCGUUUAAGGACCGUCGUAAACACUGGACCCUGUGUGUUUGAACUUAUGUUGUUUACCGUGUUCGCAAACUCUUCACUUCUGAAAACUGACAUGACGAUGAUUUUGAAUUUAAAAACGCACGCAGAGAACAUGUGAGUGCCACGCAGUGAGGACCGCGGCCCCGCUGGGAUUCAAACCCUGUGCCUGCAGUGCUGUGUAUGUGACCCGUUGUGUGUGUGAAUGUAUGAAUUUGACCACGUUUGUGUUGUCAUUUAAA